UUUUUUUUUCUAUUCUCUUUUUUUUUCUCUAUCUAGUUUUCAAUGUCCUAUUUUUCUUUAAUAACCAGAUCUUUUACUGAAGUCUCUAUUACUGACCACGGUAUUGAUACCAUUCACUUUCUUGAGGCUACUGAUGGUCUCAUAAAUAUGUUUGAUCUCUUUGGUUCUCCUGCCUUUGCAGUGGUUCAAAACGACUUGAAAGGAAAUGUCCAGAAAAUUCGACAACGUUACCAUAGUAAUGUCACUAUAAAUCGAACCUUACAAAACUUAUUAAUAGAAGAAGAUAAGGAACCAGGUAAACCAUUGGCUACUGAAGCUCUAUUAUGGCUUACUCGUGGACUUCAUUUUACAUCAUACGCUUUGGAUCAUAGUUUACAUCAUCCAGAUAACGAAUUAGAUAUAUCUUUCAAAAUUUCGUAUGAUCUCACUCUUAGUCCAUAUCAUUCAUUUUUUGUAAGACCUAUGUUUCAGUUGGCGGUGAAAUCAAUGCCUUGGCGACAAGACUUUUAUCAAAAGAUUGGCAUGAUAGAUGAAAAGAAUCUCAAUGAUAUGAAAGAAUGGAUCAAUGCUUUGAAAAAAAUUAUUAAUAUUAUUCAAGAAGUAUUUACUUUACAUCCCGAAUAUACCAAACGAUUAGUAUAAUCAAUUAGUUUUACCUUAUUUAAAUAAUAAUAAAAAUAAAAUGUAUACUUUUUUUUUAAUUUGA